CGGGGCGGACCCGGUGGGCGGCCCUUUCUCAGCCGGUGCCCGACGCCCCUUUGCAGGCGGUGCCGGGGCGGUGCCGGCGGCGGGGCCGGGCCGGGAGCGCGGGAGCGCCCGGGAGCCCCCGGGGACCCCCCGGGCACGGCGGGCACCAGCACAGGCUGGAACUGAGCUCUGGAAAAACAAAGUGGAGCUUGGAGCAUGUGGCCUGAGGAUUGCCUUACACAGCCAGGGGUGGUAGCUAAGCAGUGAGCAGGAUGCCCCCAGGCAUUUACUGCCCUACGGAAUUUUGGUCCAAGGGGGAAAACCAGAACAUCCAGGUGGACUUUCUGCUGCCCACAGGAAUAUACUUAAACCUCUGUGUGCCCUGCAAUGCCAGCUUGGGCACCAUCAAGCAGGUGGUGUGGAAGCACGCCCAGUAUGAGCCCCUGUACCACAUGCUCAGCGACCCCGAGGCCUAUGUGUUCACCUGCAUCAACCAGACGGCGGAGCAGCAGGAGCUGGAGGAUGAGCAGCGGCGUCUCUGCGACAUCCAGCCCUUCCUGCCCGUGCUGCGCCUCGUGGCUCGCGAAGGGGACAGGGUCAAGAAGGUCAUCAACUCCCAGAUCAGCCUGCUCAUUGGGAAAGGUUUGCACGAGUUCGACUCCGUUCAGGAUCCAGAGGUGAACGAUUUCCGCACCAAAAUGUGCCAGUUCUGUGAGGAGAGAGCAGCAAAGAGGCAGCAGCUCAGCUGGGCAGCCUGGAUGGAGUACAACUUCCCCUUGCAGCUGGAGCCCAUGGCCAAGGGCUUUGGGACUGGCUCUCUACAAACCCCCACCAAGAACAUUUUCGUCAACGUCAAGUUCCAGUCUGGAGGGGAGAGCUUCACUUUCCAGAUCUCCCCGAAGGAGUUCCCGGUCACGCUGAUGAGCUAUGCCAUCAAGAAGCAGGCCACUGUGUUCCGCCACGAGACGCUGCAGAAGCCAGAGGAUUACACCCUGCAGGUGAACGGGAAGUGGGAAUAUCUCUAUGGGAACUACCCCCUGUACCAGUUCCAGUACAUCCGCAGCUGCCUGCACCGAGGGCUGACCCCCCACCUGACCAUGGUCCACUGCUCUGCCAUCAUUGCCAUGAGGGACGAGCAGACCAACUGCAUUGCCAGCCCCCCAAAGAUGGCUCCCAAGCCCCCCCCGCUCCCCAAGAAGAAGCCAAACUAUGGUUCUCUCUGGUCCUUAGAGCAGCCUUUCUACAUCGAGCUGGUGCAAGGCAGCAAGGUCAAUGCAGAUGAGAGAAUGAAGCUGGUGGUGCAAGCAGGGCUGUUCCACGGCAAUGAGAUGCUGUGCAAGACAGUGUCCAGCUCAGAAGUGAAUGUGUGCUCAGAGCCUGUGUGGAAGCAGAGGCUGGACUUCGACAUCAACAUCUGCGACCUCCCCCGCAUGGCCCGGCUCUGCUUUGCCCUCUACGCCGUCAUCGAGAAGGCCAAGAAGGCCCGUUCCACCAAGAAGAAGUCCAAGAAAGCUGACUGUCCCAUCGCCUGGGUCAACGUCAUGCUCUUUGACUACAAGGACCAGCUGAAAACCGGGGAGUGCUGCCUGCACAUGUGGUCCUCCUUCCCAGACGAGAAAGGGGAACUUCUGAACCCCAUGGGCACGGUGCAAUGCAACCCCAACACUGAGAGUGCAGCAGCCUUGGUCAUCUGCUUCCCCAGCGUGGCAGCUCAUCCCGUGUAUUACCCCUCCUUCGAGCAGCUGCUGGAGUUGGGGAGGAAUGGAGAACCACCCCGAGCUGCCCCAGAAGAUCCUGAGGAGAAGCUGCAGCUGAGGGAGAUCCUGGAGCGCAGGAGCCACACGGAGCUGUACGAGCACGAGAAGGACCUGGUGUGGAAGAUGAGGUACGACAUCCGUGACCAGUACCCACAGGCCUUGGCGAAGCUGCUCAUCAUCACCAAGUGGAACAAGCACGAGGACGUUGCCCAGAUGAUUUCCCUGCUCCAGACCUGGCCAGAGCUGCCUGUCCUGAAUGCCUUGGAGCUGCUGGAUUUCAGCUUUCCCGACCGUUAUGUUGGUUCCUUUGCUAUCAACUCAUUGAAGAAGCUGACAGAUCAUGACGUGUUCCAAUACCUGCUGCAGCUUGUCCAGGUGCUCAAGUACGAAUCUUACUUAGACUGUGAAUUAACCAAGUUCCUGCUGGACAGGGCCUUAUCCAACCGCAAGAUCGGCCACUUCCUCUUCUGGCAUCUGAGGUGAGGAAAAUGUUUCAGGCCUUUUCUCAGUAAUGGAGUGAAAACUGACCCUUGGCUUGUGUCUCCCACCUAAGCAUUGAUGGUUUUUUUUUUUCAGGGAGAAGCACUCAACAAGAUGAAAGCUCUGAAUGACUUUGUCAAAGUGAGUUCUCAGAAGGCCACCAAGCCCCAAACCAAGGAGAUGAUGCACGUGUGCAUGAAGCAGGAAACGUACCGGGAAGCACUUUCUCACCUCCAGUCCCCCCUGAACCCCAACAUUAUCCUCGCCGAAGUUUGUGUGGAUCAGUGCACCUUCAUGGACUCCAAAAUGAAACCUUUGUGGAUUGUGUUUAACAAUGAAGAGACAGGUGGAGGUGGAGUGGGCAUUAUUUUUAAAAAUGGAGAUGAUCUGCGUCAGGACAUGCUGACCCUGCAGAUGAUCCAGCUGAUGGACAUCCUGUGGAAGCAGGAGGGCCUGGACCUGAGGAUGACCCCUUAUGGCUGCCUCUCCACAGGAGACAAGACUGGGCUGAUUGAGGUGGUCAUGCACUCGGACACCAUCGCCAACAUCCAGCUGAACAAGAGCAACAUGGUGGCCACGGCAGCUUUCAACAAGGACGCGCUGCUGAACUGGCUCAAGUCCAAGAACCCCGGGGAUGCCUUGGACCAAGCCAUCGAGGAGUUCACCCUGUCCUGUGCCGGGUACUGCGUGGCCACCUACGUGCUGGGGAUCGGGGACCGGCACAGCGACAACAUCAUGAUCCGGGAGACAGGGCAGCUGUUCCAUAUUGACUUUGGUCACUUUUUGGGGAACUUCAAGACUAAAUUUGGUAUAAAUAGAGAGCGAGUUCCUUUCAUCUUAACCUACGACUUUGUGCACGUCAUCCAGCAAGGAAAAACUAACAACAAUGAGAAGUUUGAAAGGUUCAGGGGUUACUGUGAGAGAGCCUACAUGAUCCUGCGGCGCCACGGGCUCCUCUUCCUGCACCUCUUUGCACUGAUGAAAGCUGCUGGUCUGCCAGAGCUCAGCUGCUCCAAAGACAUCCAGUACCUAAAGGACUCCCUGGCUCUUGGGAAAACCGAUGAGGAGGCACUGAAGCACUUCAGGCUCAAGUUUAAUGAAGCCCUGCGAGAGAGCUGGAAAACCAAAGUGAACUGGCUGGCACACAACGUAUCCAAAGACAACAGGCAGUAGAGCAGCAGCACCUGCACAGCCAGGGACUGACCACCUGCACUGGGCCCAGCACGUCAGACAGGCUGGGAAGGAUAGACUGGUGGAAGGUACAGUGUUUAAAGAGUCCCCACCUGCAUUCCCAGAGAUCAGACAGUGCUCCUCGACUGAAAAACUGUUGGCCUGUCCUCAGCCACCCCCCCGUGGCUGCUGCAGAGCUUUGGGGGACAAGGGAGAGACAUGAGGCAAUAAAAUGACUGCGUACAGUGGAAGGUAGGUAGAGGUGCUGUGCCCUUAAGAACUCAUUAAGCUUCAAAUACAUCUUCUAAUGGAAGAGU